ACUGCUUCUCCAUUGCCGUUUUGUAUUUCCCCCUUGUUUGUGAAUUCGAACCCUAAUCCGAUCCCAAAUUGGAAGCCUCGCGAAUUCCCAUCGUCGCAAUGCUCAAUUCAAUUCUUCUUCUUGCUGCAUUUCUUACCCUCGCAUUGACUUGUAGCCUCGCGAAUUCACUGAGAUUCGAGCUGAAAUCGGGUCACAGCAAGUGCAUAACAGAGGACAUUAAGAGCAAUGCCAUGAGCGUGGGGAAGUACAGUAUCGUUAAUCCCAAUGAAGGGUACCCAAUUCCUGAUACUCACAAGAUCACGGUCAAGGUGAGUUCUCCUUAUGGAAACAGUUACCACAAUGGGGAUCAGGUGGAUUCUGGUGAUUUUGCAUUUACUGCAGCUGAGGACGGCGACUACACAGCUUGCUUUUGGAUACCGGAUAGUAGGGCCGGUGUCUCAAUUGUGACCAUUGAAUUCGAUUGGAGAACUGGGGUUGCUGCCAAAGACUGGUCCAAGGUUGCCAAGAAAGGGCAGGUUGAAGUAAUGGAAUUUGAGUUGAAGAAGCUAUAUGAUACAGUUGCAUCCAUCCAUGAAGAGAUGUUUUACCUUCGCGAAAGGGAGGAAGAGAUGCAAAAUCUUAACAAAGCAACUAACAGCAAGAUGUUCACCUUCGGUUUUCUUUCAAUUGUGGUCUGCUUGUCCGUUGCUGGUAUGCAACUAUGGCAUUUGAAGACAUUCUUUGAGAGGAAGAAGCUCCUCUAAGUUCCUCCUCAAAUUUUUCUUUUUGUCUUAUUUUUUUAUCAUCUGUUGCCCGUUCCUUAUGUAUUCUAAUAUAUGAUUAGUUCAUCUUUCGUGUAUACUUUAUGAUAGUUAGAAAUUGCUACCGCAUCUUAAGUCAUUGAAAUGGUAGAUCUUAGAAAGAGUUCAUGGAACCGGCCUUGUGCAAAUGCAAGGUAAUACUGCCUACAAUAGAUCCAUAAUGAGAUUGACCCUUAUUUGGAACGAGACCCUUUGUAGCUCCAGCUACAUUUCUCUAGGUCCUUUGAUUUGUAAUUUGAAUAGUUAUCUUUCAAAUUCUGAGCACUGAUAUUAUGACUUAA